GUGGCGGAAGAUGGCGGCUCCCGGCAGCUCGGGGUCCGGCCAGCUGUGAGGACCCCUCCCCGCCCCCCGCCCCGAGCACGGCCUGAGGCCGAGCGCCUCUCAUCUCGUCCUGGCGUUGGUUCUGUCACCGCCGUCGCCGGAGCAGCGAAGCCGAGAGCGUGGAACGGGCUGGUCCAGCUGUUGAGUGGGAUGUCAUGGCCAGCUCCUCGGACAGUGAAGAUGACAGUUUCAUGGCUGUGGACCAAGAAGAAACUGUGCUGGAGGGGACAAUGGAGCAAGAUGAGGACCCCCACCCAGUAUUGGAGGCUGAGGAGACUAGACACAAUAGGUCCAUGUCUGAGCUGCCAGAAGAGGUUUUGGAGUACAUCCUGUCCUUUCUCUCACCAUACCAAGAGCACAAAACUGCAGCUCUGGUCUGCAAACAGUGGUACCGGCUCAUCAAAGGUGUAGCCCACCAGUGUUACCAUGGCUUCAUGAAGGCUGUCCAGGAAGGAAACAUUCAAUGGGAGAGCCGGACUUACCCAUAUCCUGGAACCCCCAUCACUCAGCGGUUCUCCCACAGUGCAUGCUACUAUGAUGCCAAUCAGUCUAUGUAUGUAUUUGGAGGCUGCACUCAGAGCAGCUGCAAUGCCGCCUUCAAUGACCUCUGGAGGCUCGACCUAAACAGCAAAGAGUGGAUCCGACCACUGGCGUCAGGGUCCUAUCCUUCCCCCAAAGCUGGAGCAACUCUGGUCGUGUACAAGGACUUGCUAGUGCUCUUUGGUGGCUGGACGCGGCCUAGCCCCUAUCCCCUACACCAGCCGGAGAGAUUCUUUGAUGAAAUACACACUUACUCGCCAUCUAAAAACUGGUGGAAUUGCAUUGUAACUACCCAUGGGCCACCUCCCAUGGCUGGCCACUCCUCCUGUGUGAUAGAUGACAAAAUGAUUGUCUUUGGUGGCUCUUUAGGAUCCCGGCAAAUGAGCAACGAUGUCUGGGUCCUUGACUUGGAGCAGUGGGUGUGGUCCAAGCCGAAUAUCUCCGGUCCCAGUCCUCAUCCCAGAGGUGGCCAAUCUCAGAUUGUUAUAGAUGAUGCAACUAUCUUAAUCCUUGGUGGGUGUGGCGGUCCUAAUGCUCUGUUCAAGGAUGCCUGGUUGCUUCACAUGCACUCGGGUCCCUGGGCCUGGCAGCCACUCAAGGUAGAAAAUGAAGACCAUGGUGCCCCAGAACUCUGGUGCCACCCAGCUUGCCGGGUGGGGCAGUGUGUGGUGGUCUUCAGCCAGGCUCCUAGUGGGAGAGCUCCCCUCAGCCCCAGCUUGAACUCUCGCCCAUCACCCAUCAGUGCUACUCCUCCAGCCCUGGUUCCCGAAACUCGAGAGUACCGCUCCCAGUCUCCAGUAAGGAGUAUGGAUGAAGCUCCUUGUGUUAAUGGGCGCUGGGGUACACUGAGACCCAGAGCUCAAAGGCAGACACCCUCAGGUUCCCGUGAAGGGAGCCUCUCACCAGCCAGAGGAGAUGGCUCUCCCAUCCUCAAUGGUGGAAGCUUGUCUCCAGGCACAGCAGCUGGUGGGGGCACAUCCUUGGACAGUCCUGUACAGGCCAUAUCUCCUAGCACUCCAUCUGCCUCUGAAGGGUAUGACCUGAAGAUGGGACUUUCUCUGGCUUCCCGGCGAGGGUCACUACCAGAUCAGAAGGACCUGAGAUUAGGGUCAAUAGAUCUGAAUUGGGACCUGAAAUCAGCUUCAAGUAGCAGUCACGUGGAUGGCACGGAGAACAGGACCGUUGCAGGGAGUAUGAGACACCCCCCAGAACAAACCAAUGGUAUUCAUACUCCACCACACGUGGCCAGUGCCCUUGCAGGGGCUGUCUCCCCAGGUGCCCUGCGUCGGAGUUUGGAAGCCAUCAAAGCAAUGUCAUCCAAAGGCCCCUCAGCCUCUGCAGCCCUGAGUCCUCCUCUUGGGUCCUCUCCAAGCUCCCCCGGGAGUCAGAACCUGAGCAGUGGAGAAACAGUGCCCAUCCCCCGCCCAGGACCAGCCCAAGGGGACGGACAUUCCUUACCUCCCAUUGCCCGCCGCCUGGGCCACCAUCCACCACAGUCCCUCAAUGUUGGCAAACCCCUGUACCAGAGUAUGAACUGCAAGCCCAUGCAGAUGUACGUGCUAGAUAUUAAAGACACCAAGGAACAGGGCCGGGUCAAAUGGAAAGUAUUUAAUAGUAGUUCUGUGGUCGGGCCUCCUGAAACCAGCCUGCACACAGUGGUACAAGGCCGGGGUGAACUCAUCAUAUUCGGAGGACUGAUGGACAAAAAGCAGAAUGUGAAGUACUAUCCAAAAACAAAUGCCUUGUACUUUGUGCGAGCAAAGAGAUAAUGUGUUCCCAGCCCCUUUCCCUUUCUGUGGCUUGUAAUUUGGAAUUGUUGAGUGUGCAAGCACUUGGACUGAGAAUUGGGAAAACAACAGCAUUACUCCCACGAACCAAAACUCCCACUUCAGGCUGGGAUCAAAUCCAUUAAGAAAAAAUUAUAUAUAAAUAUAUAUAUUAUAUAGCCAACUCUGUUUACAAAAAAAGGGAGAGGUCUCCGUCCUGGUUCAGAUAACAUUGUUGCUGUGUUUUAGCAGAGGCUGUGCUGUCCUUUUCUAGGGAGCAGACUAACAGUAACUUUGCAUGAGCAGCUGAAGAGCCCCUGGGAGUCUGUAUGUGGCCUUCUCAGGCAGCGGUGGCCUAAAGGAAGAGGCAUCAGGCCCCGUGCUGCAGGUGCUGCAUGGGGAUGUCACUUAAGAAACCUGCCCUUCUGCUUCUCUUAAAAACCUCUGAGGACCUGUGCCAGCCAGCCUGCAGCAGUGCCCUGGACCUGGUCCCUUCUGCCCCGUGAUUGAGGGGAGUCACCCAACUUGAGAUUCUAUCCCCCAUGUGCUGGAAUCAUGGUGAAAUUAUGUUUAUACUGCUGCCAUCUGUCUGCCUGGUGUCUGAUGGUCUCUUGAGUGUCACCUACAUGUCUCAGAAAGCAUUUGGUGUCUGAUUAUGGGAUUUUUCUGACAAUCGUGUUUGGUUGUACGUUGCCAAAAACCAUUUUAGUUCUCCUUUCAGAACUGGGUCCUCAGAGGCUGCCUUUUCUAUUUAUAGACUGCUCCCCACCCUACCCCCAACCUUUGGGGUUUUGUUUUGUUUUGUCAUAUGACUUUUUUUAAGCCCUAAAACUUUUCUCACUUUCUGCUUCUUUUGCAAAACUCAGGUGCCUAUAGAAAUCAACUGCUUAGAAAUACUUUCAGAGCUCUUUCUCUGGUAUCACUAGGAGGCCAGCAGUCCUAGCACUUGGAUGCAGAGGGAGGACUAUUUCAAGUAGGAGGCUUGCCUGGCUUUCAUGGUGAGACCUCAUCUCAAACUAAAGCAAAAUAAAGAUGCCAGUAUCCUGAGAAAAAUCACUAACGCAUCAGGGGACAUCUUCUUACCUGUGGGCUUCUUUUAUUUCCGGAUUGCAUUGGGCACACUCAUGUAUUUGUUGAGUGUAGGAAUUGAUUCUGAAAGGGAAUCAGAUAGCAGUUCCUUCCAGAAAUGGAGUUUUACCUAGUAACUAUCAUCUCUUGCCUUGCUGUUGACAGUGACUGGGCUGGUCAUGUAUCUGACCUUUAUGACACACGAGUGACCUGGGAGCAGCUCCAUCCAUAACUCUUCUCUUGCUCGUGUGUUAGCCAAACAGGGCUUGAGUUUUAUUUCAUUUUAGUUCUGAGAUAAAAUAAAACCAGCCAAGUAGAAUAUUGCCUUGGUUGAUACACAAAAUUACAAAUUAGUAAUCUCUGAAUCAUAGCCUGGACAUAGAGAAUAUCAAAAUCAGUUUAUUUCAAAUGACAUCAUGUAAAUAGGAAUAUUUGGUGAUUUCUCAUCAGAGCAGAGAGGAUUCUUAUUUUGCAAACACUGUUUCCCAGCCCCAUCCUCCCUUUUCCUCAUCAGCAUCCCCCAGGCCACCUGCACCUCCUGGCUUUCAGCCAGCACUUUGCAGUCUGUCUGAUAUAUGUGUAUCUCCUGUUUUGCCAGCUGAAUUCAUCCCCUAGCUAUUAACUUUGUUGCUGUGGUGUUGGUAAGAAAGGCCCCUGUUAUGAAGCCCAGAAAAGGGCCAGCUCAUGGGGUGGACAUGUGUUCCAAAACACACUCCCUCAGAUGAGGAAGCAACCAUGUCCCUACUUCCUGUGGUGUCCCUGGACUCAAAGCCACACACUUGGCUUUCUGUAGUCCCUGCUUCCAGCCUUUUGGCCAAGAUUGUUGGAUCCUGUGGGGUCCUGGUUUAUAAGGUGACCCCAGCCCAAAAGUUAGCAGUUCUGGCAUUCUUGCUGCUGGUACACCUUGUUGGUGAUGUGUCUGGUCAUGGAGAGAGCCUCCAGCCUCAGUUCCUAUGGAAACAUCAAGUAUUUGGACACCUCAAAUUUCAGAGCCUUUACUUCGUAGUCCUUUCCUUGGUCCCAUGGCCUUCCAAAGCCAGCUGUUAACCUGUUGAUCUCUUGUACUUUUCCCAAGUAGGCAGUUGGCAGACGAAUUGAUUCACACAGAAAGCCAUCAGUUUGCAACAUCUUUGAACUCUCCACAACACUGAGACAGACCCAGUCUGCAUCCUGCAGUGUAGGGCCUAGUGAAAGUGUGCUGUGGGAAAAGGACGAGCUCGAGGUGAAGGUCUCCUAGGCCCUUGUGAGGCUGCAUAUGCAGUAGGACCUCAGGUGUCUCAACAGAGGUGAGAAUUCCUAUGUUGUCCCAUCAGAUUAAUCCACAAUUCCUUUUGUGAUACAAUACCAAUUUUGUCUUAAAAUUCACCUAGAGACAAGACAAAAUAUUUUUUUUAAACCCUCAGGAGCACCUAAAGCAAAUAUUUAUCAGUAUUUAAGAUACAUCUUGUUUCUACUUGAAGCUUUAACCCCUUCCAUUCCUGCAAGUGUGCCUUUGAGAGCCCUUGGGUCAUAUUGACUUCACCGGUCCCUUCACUAACCUCGUGUAAAAAUGUCUGUCUCCUCCACUCUUGGACAGAGACUUUCUUGCCCUCACACCUCACAGUUUAUGCAGCAGAGAGCAUUCUGUAUUUCCAUUCCUGUUUUGUGAGCUUUGGGCUUCGCAAACCCCCCUCCCUCACCCAUGUGCACAUGUGGAAACAAGCUUAAAUUUUGUUUAAAGGUGAUACUGGGCUUACUCUCAUCCCAGCCCUCUGUGGGUUGGUUCAGUUUUAAUGUUUGUGCUAUUGCAAGAGCUGCAACCAUCUAGGGACUGUGUUGGACCUCUUUAAAGGAGAGCAGAAGAGGAGGAAGACAGAAAACCUUCUCGAGAAGUCUUGACUUUGGAGGACAGAAUGCCACCAGCCAAUGGAGAACAAGGAGCUCUCCCCUUACCAUCACCUUGUCUUUCUGCUUCACUGUCCCUUUCUCUUCAGAGUGAUUUGCCUGGUUGGUUUGUCUGUCUGUCUGUCCUUGUCCUGAGGAUCUGAAGGGCCAGGAAGCCUGGCUUCCCAGAACUGCAGAAGGCAUACUCUGCCUGUCACCAUGCUCUUUGUGAAUGAGGCAACCUCAGUGCUGUCUCCAUUGUGCUCUCUCUGCUCGCUCUGCCCCUCCCGCCAACCAGGGCUCAUAUCAGUGCACUCCCAUUGUGCCCUGGCAAAGCUGGUGCUGUGAGUGAUGUUUCCAUACAACUCAGGGUGCCAGGUGGCUCGCCCCUGAGAUAGUCAUUUUAGGCACAUAACAGUGUAGGAAUGAAAAUGGAUUUCAUGGGUAUUUAAAUCUGUCGGUUUCAGUUUUUGUUAAUGUUUUCCCCGAUGACUUUUUAGCAAUUUAACAAAUAAAACAAAAUGGACCGAA